UAUUACAAACCGUGCUGGAGACAUGCAGUUGUCUCGCAGCGCACACUGACGGAGGAAGCGAACCCGGCAGUGAUGCAAGAUUGUUUCUUUCGGAAAAGCAUUCUAAACAGCAUUGGGUAGGAAUGAGAAUCCCCCUGCUACCUUUCUUUGCCUGCUACAAUGUUUUGUACUUUGCACCAGUUAAAGUGCGAGCAGCAGCACAAGGCUGCUUCAGGAUGCCGUCAGAAGGCGACGACUGUGACACACAAACAGAUAGAUGGUAUUACAAUAAAGACGAACUGACAUGCUUGAAUUUUAUGUACGGAGAUUGUCCGCAACCUGGCAACAACUUUGCAUCCGUGCAAGAAUGUGAGAAUGCUUGCAAGGGCGCAGGAAAAGGACCACCGCAGGUCCCCUUGCCUCCUUCAAGGCCACCACAAAAAGGCGGAACCAAGCCACCAAAAGGGAAAUGGCCACCUGGUGGUGGUGGUCAGCCGCAAAAGCCUUGGAGGCCAUCGGGAAGACCAGUUCGUCCUCCAAAGAAACGGCCAUCGUCGAAAGGUAAGUGGGAGCACCUGCUGGAAGCAAAAGAGGCCAAAUAA